UGCUCUCUCUAUCUCUCUCAUUCUUUCAUCACUUCCCUUAUCUCUUCAUACCCUUUUUCUUCUCUCUCCUAAAAUCUUCCAAAAAUAAAAAAAAAGGGAGAGUCCCACAAAAUGAGGGUCAUGUACUAGAGUAGCCUAACAUAUUAUAUUUGUUCAUCAUGAAUGGCGGCAACGGAAACCCUAUGCAAAAACCUAAUUUCCCUUUACAACUCUUAGAGAAACGAGACGACUACGAUCAGCAGCAGCAACAACAACAAUCGACCGAGGCGAUAUCAAAACCCACUGAGAAGAAGGUUCCGCCGAAGCGAGCUUCGACCAAGGAUCGACACACGAAGGUGGACGGGCGCGGCCGUCGAAUUAGGAUGCCUGCCACGUGCGCAGCGAGGGUUUUCCAGCUCACGAAGGAAUUAGGUCACAAAUCGGAUGGCGAGACGAUUGAGUGGCUGCUGCAGCAGGCGGAGCCGUCGGUGAUCGCCGCCACCGGCACCGGAACGAUUCCGGCGAAUUUCACCUCGCUGAAUAUAUCGGUGAGAAGCUCGGGCUCGACGUUCUCGGCGCCGUCGCAUUUGAGCUUGAGCAACGGCGCCUAUUUUGGGCAGAAUUUUGGGGAUUCUUCGCAGAGGAGGAUUUUCUUCCACGGAGAGAAUGCGGCGAGCUAUCUCAAUAAGCAGGAAUCGCGCGACGGAGAGGGGAGCGCGGGGCGGAAGAGGGCGUCGGAGGAGGAUCUGCGGUCGGCGGUGCAAAAUCAGAUGGGGAAUUACAUGAUGCAGUCCAGCUCCGGGACAAUUCCGGCGAGCCAGGGCCAGAUCCCGGCGUCGGCUUUUCUCAAUUCCACAAAUUCCGGCAGCGAAUCUCUGUGGAGUUUUCCGUCGAUUGCGAAUUCCGGCGUGUAUAGAGGGAGUGCGGCGGUGGCAAGCAGUGGGCUGCAUUUUAUGAAUUUUCCGACGGCAAUGUCGCUCUUGCCGGCGCAUGGCGGCGGCGGAGCGGUUGGUGAAGGGAAUUUAGGCAUGCUGGCGGCGCUUAAUGCGUAUAGGUAUAUGCCUGGCGGCGGAGGAAUGGAGGCUCAGGGAAACGGCUACGACGGCGCCGCGGAUGAGCGGCAUAUUGCAAGCAGUAAUCACACUUGAAUGGAUUUCAUCAAAUUUGAAUCUAUAUAUAUAAAUGUGUGCGUUAUAUAUCUAUAUAAUGAAUGGUUAGUUUGAGAAAUUAGCUUAGUUCUAUUAGGGUUUGUUUGCUCAUCCUCUUCUUAUGCGUGAAUAUCGAGUUUGAUUUGUUUGCUUUUUUUACUCUACUAGUUUGGGAAAAAGAACUUCAAUUUCUCAAGGUUAUUAACAUUGACCAAUACUAUUAUAUUUGGGAAA